AUGCCUCUAUUCCAUGAUCCCCAUCGCCAGCGCCAGUACUGCCUGUCUGGGGACCGGGGAGAACAUGAGCAGCCUGCCGGGGAGUCUCCUCACGGCGAGCCAUAUCAAGAUAGCGAACCUGGACUUGACAGGGCAAGUUUAAACGGCCUUCAUUUGGACUCAACCCCUACGGACCUAUAUCCGACCAAAAUUUGGACCAACGACCGCCAGCAAAUUAUACAUCGAAUCAAAGAAUCGUCGCCCUGGAGGCGUCAGUAUAUGCCGCAAACAAGCGACAGUAGUGAGCAGUCUUUGUCUCAUAACUCCCCGGAGGAGGUGAGUCAAAGAACAGAAAGAACAGAACAGCAGCCUUCAAGAAGCACGGAAGAUACGCAGCAAAUGGACGAUUUGGGAUCGCCGGCCGAUAUUCAAAGACCUCGAUCUGCGUUGCACUCUGGUGACUUUAGAGAAGGCAUAACUCAUGACGCCUCACACUCUCCACGGACUCCCUUUGCCGAACGAAACCCGGGUGCCACAUUUCCUAGCCUUGGGACCUCGCCGACUACCCCAUGGUUUGCGGCGCCGGCUUUUGGGGACCCCAGUCGCGAUUUAAGUACCUUGCGCGAUCAUCGCGAACCACUUGCAAUGCUUGGAAAUCGCGCAAGAGCACCGUCGCUGGGGUCAUUUUCAUCAAGCUAUGUUUUGAAAGCGCCAACAAGCCCUCUUGUACACCAGGCGAACAACACCGACCUAGAUUUUUCCCCACAGAUAUCGCCGGCAGACUCAACGCCUUUCGACAGGGCUAGUCGCCGCCGAACGCUACCACCGGAAACCUUCCGACAGCUCCAAGGGUCUCCAACUGCUGAGUUUGUCAAUAUACACAGUCCUUGCCCAUCUCGCCAACAAGAUGGUUUUUAUAAUUUCCCUUCCUCGCCUCGUCGGUCUUUGACUUCGGCAUAUAGCCUUCAACUUGCAUCCACUGUAAAUACCACGCCUGCGUACCGGGCAAGAAGGCCCUCCCUCGCCUCCGAUAUCUCUCCAAAGCCCCAUGCCCCAAUGGUUGGCUCUUACGAAGAGUCUAUUUUGCGUGGGCGGAUGUCGAUGAACCCCUCCAAACCGCUGGAUUUCACCGCUCAGAUCGGUGUUCUCGGCAAAGGAAAAUGCAAAGGGCAUCUCAAAUGCCCUCCUCAUGUGACCGUGCCAUUUCCGGCUUUCUUUUACAGCUAUCCUACAUCAGGGAAUGGUCGAUCCAUUUCCGAUGACAGUCCAAGUCCUUAUGUCGGCCACAUCGACCUUGAAAACUCACUGUCUAAAGAUGAUGUAAGUGCGGCCCGACGUCGUCGGCGACACGUCAGUCCAGCCAAAUUCCGCGAAGGCAAUAUUCCUGAGGAGACGAUCGCCACUCGAAUGCCCAGUGCAGAUAUCCAGCGUCGUCGAGAAAAGAAGAGCCGCCGAGCGGAAUCUCCCAAGAGCCCCCCCAGGCGGAUUAUAAUCAAAAAUCCACACAAGACUGCUGUCAAGCUCUUCCUCGUACCAUACGACCUGGAUGACAUGGAACCCGGAACCAAGACAUUCAUUCGGCAGCGCAGCUACUCCGCAGGACCGGUCCUCGAUAUGCCGUUGAGUGCACGAAAAAACUAUGGAACCGAUCGACCUGAGGCAUCUUUGAACAGCACUGAAGAUCCCCAGGAUAAACCAACCUUGCGAUAUCUAAUCCACCUCAACAUAUGCUGCCCAGCACGAGGUCGCUUUUACCUUCACUCGAGCAUUCGCGUGGUGUUCGCAAACCGAGUGCCGGACGGCAAAGAGAAACUACGUAACGAGAUCCAACUACCAGAACCCCGGUACAGUCCAUACAAGCCAUGCCGCGAUCCUACUAUUUCGACUUCUGCUGGGGCACGGCUAGCGAUUGACAAGGCUUCACGGAGACGGAGCGUCGGCCAAGACACAAUUCCACUCCUGCGACCGCACGCUACUUCCCCCAGCCAGUUCUCGCCGCAUUGGAGCCCAGGGCAGACCUUGGAUAUGCCAUCUCCGUCCGAUUCUGCCCAACUCGAUACGGGUGUGUAUAAUAAACUAAACAAAGCCGAUUUUGGAUAUGGAAGGUAUCCUUGCCCAUCCAGCCCGGCCGCGUCCGAGAACGGCGAAAGUCUGCUCGCCAAGAGACUUCGUGCCUUGGAUGUACAGCGGAGAGAGAAGUUUGACAAUAAUUGA